AUGGGUGCAACAGACCGUGCCACCUGGCUAGGACAGAUACAGAGAGACAGGGCCAGGCGCCUUGAAAUGGACGAAGCGGAAACCGACCUUCGCCGCAGAAGGCCUCGUGUGGACCUGCAAGAUGAUGAUAACCUUGAGGAAAACCGUGAGCCACCCCCUGAAGUCAAACCACUGAUCGACAUAUUUCCGGGUGUCUCCGCCGCCCUUCUUACUCGCGUUUUCGAGAGGAAGUUGAAGGCAACUGAACUUAUACGCUUCAAAGAGAAGUCAGUCACCGAGCUAGAUCAGGAGGACAGAGUCUUCAAGAUAACCGAGUCAGGAGGCACAGUUGGCUUCAAGAAGACAGCGACAUCGCUUAAAGACUGGGGCCCUAACCCUCAAAUAUGGACGAGCUACUUCCUUACAUACUCGGCUGUAAUAGGAUAUCUCUUCAGUGAGAAACAUCCAAAGGCAGUUCCCAACCUCCUUAUGUUCAUGAGGCAGAUCCUGGACUUCGCUCAAACUUAUCAGUGGUCAGAAGCUGUACUGCCGCUUGCCCUUAACUUCCAUCAAUAUAUCCUGGAUAAAGGAGAGCUGUCAACCGAGAACAACCUUGUCACAGCCCCAUUUCGUGAGAAAUAUCUCCAAGCCGAUAGGAGCUGCAACACUGCACCACUCAGCCUGAUACCCCAAGGCCAAUCGCCUAGGCCAAAUACUGCUACCCAAUAUCCCGUUUUCAACCCAGAGCUCCCAAAACUACAGCUCUCUCCGUCACCACUGUAUACAAAAGGCUGGGGCAACCUCCUGCGCCACUAUCCAGGCGAUCUCGGGUAUACUAUCACCGGCAUUCUGACCCAUGGCGCCCAGAUCGGCUACAGAGGUAGCAAACAAUCUUGCCAUUCGACAAACCAUCAAAUACAUGAACCUAGCACGAUCUCGGCUAAACUAGCAGAGGACCUCAAUCUUGGUCGUGUAAGACUAGCGUCUAGCCCCUCCUUCGUCUCGCCGCUGGGAUUAGUCCCUAAGCACGAUGGGGGAUAUCGCCGCAUCCAUGAUCUAUCCUGGCCCCCUGGACAGGGUAUUAACCAGGAUAUACCAGAAUCCUGGUCAGCUAUCAAAUAUAUGACAAUCGAUGAUAUCUACAAACAGGUCACACAGGCUGGCCUAGGUUGUAUAAUCAUUAAAAGGGAUAUCAAGGACGCCUUUCGAAUAGUCCCUGUUGCUGAAGAUAACCAGCAUCUCCUUGCCUUCCAGUGGAACAAUUCUACUUACGUCGAAUGCUGUCUCCCCUUUGGCCUUGCUACAGCCCCAUUCCUCUUCAACCUCUUUGCGGAGGCUCUCCAUUGGAUACUGCAAUGCCUCCUUCCUACAUUUUAUAUCAAUCAUUACCUAGACGACUUUAUUGUAAUUACUCAGUCUUCCUCAGUGUCCGACCCUACGGGUUCCUUUGAUAUGGUUUACAACAGAGUCACUGACUACCUAUGUAUCCCUCGCAAUACAAACAAGGACCGACAAGGGACAGAUGUUAUAGUCCUAGGUAUCCAGAUCGACUCUAUUUCAAUGGAGGCUCGCCUGCCACCAGAUAAGUUGUGCCGCGCCACAUUGGACGCCGCAGCUGCCCUGAACGCAGCGAGUCUCUCCCUGAAGCAAACAGAGAGUCUUACAGGUUUAUUAGCCUUCUGUUCAAGAGUUGUCCGGCUUGGGAGAACAAGGCUACAGUCUCUAUACACGUUCCAAGCUGCCUUCCCACAUGGGAGGAGCACGCGCCGCCGUAUCUCCUACGAGGUACGUGACGAUUUGGAAUGGUGGAGGGACUCCUUAUCUCUUUUCAACGGCGUACUCCUGAUAGACCCCUGCCGCCGCCCUUUUACCCAUCUCUAUACAGAUGCCUCCAACACAGGCCAGGGGCUCUUCUUCUUCUCAUCUAAGUCUAUAUCAGACUGCUGGCUGGCCCAUUGUCACCAGCUUCAUCCAAGCAAUGCUGCCUCACUGGCCCUUGCUCAAGCCGCACACGCGCACCAAGUCGCACACGCGCACAUCAAUACCACCGAAGUAGACGCUAUCCUCCAAGGAUUCCUACUCUUCAGCCACCAUUGGCUUCAUCAUACUCUCGUUAUCCACACGGAUAGCUCCACAGCCCACACAGGACUAAGUAAAGGCUUUCUUCAUGGUCCGCCUAACCUCAAUGCAGGCCACCUAAAACUUCUCUGGAGUGGUCUCAGCGCCAAUACGCGUUCCGUCUACCUCUCUGUUCAACGCAGUUACGAAAAGCACUGCGCGCUCCAGAACUUGCCACCGUGGCCAGUCUCAACACAGUCGUUAACCUCCUGGCUAACUUCACGACUCCUUGGGAAUUCAAACCAAAAGGCCGUCAAGCCUGAUACCGCACUCACCGACCUAGCCGCCCUCCGAGCCUACCAUAUUGACAACUUACUUGACGAUAAACUCUUCGAUAAUAAACACUUUCGACGUCUUAUAGACGGCGCAAGAAGAUUGAACCCUAUCACAAAGGUCCGGGUUAGAAAACCAAUUUCGCGUGAUACUAUUACGAAGCUUUCCGCAAGCCUUUGUACAUUCCCGUCUCAUCCUGUAGAGAUGACUGCAAACCUCCUGGACGACCUCAACUUUGCAACAGCCUGUCGGGUAGCAUUUGCUGGGUUCCUCCGCCUUGGAGAAUUUACAUAUAAAACAGAAGACCUCGCCCUAUCUUCUUAG